GAGGGUGAAGGUGGACUAACAGGAGAUGCUUAUGAGGAGAUCGAAGGAGGAGGAGAGAGUUUAGAGGGCGAGUUACUGGAGGGAGACAUGAAGGUUAAUCUGAAGCAUGUUGACUGCAAGGAGGACAACGACUUCAUGUCAGCAUUUGACCGCAUGAUGGCAGAAAGCAUCUUGGAGCGCACAUCCAACAUCCCAAAGGCUGGCCAGUUUGAUAUAUCUGUACCAGUCCAUGUCAAAUCCACAACCAAGAAGACUUAUGACCAGUUGCUGACAGAGGGCACAGAGGAGACUAAGCCAGUAGUGAACUUUGUCCUAAUGACCCGCUCUGGCAAUAAGCAGCAGUAUAACAAUGUUGAAAUGCCAGUUGACUCAGAGAUCGUGACCAAACUCCGUUCACGGGAAGAGGCUGAACGAGCAGAGAAGGAGAAAGUGAAACGCAUGACCUUGGAGAUCAAUGAGCGCCAAGAGGAGGAGGAAGCAGCUGAGAUAAUGCAACAGGCACAGAGACCAGCCACAAUGAACUUCAACCGUGACAGACGACCAAAAUAUCAGCAUCCUAAAGGAGCACCUGAUGCAGACCUUAUAUUUGGUCCCAAAAAGAUUAGAUGAGGCGAUUCAACUCUCUUUUUAUCUUCUAUCAAACUUUUCUGUGUGAUCAGAUAUUUGGUUAUUCUUUUAACUAUGAUGCUUUUACUUCAAAGUUUUCAGAUUUGAAACAGUAAAAUUAGUUUUGAUAUAUUAUGGUCAGUGUUGUGGUUCUAAAGUCAUUGCAUUGAUAGACCAAUGUCACUGCUUCUGCAGUAUUAGACCAUCAUGAAUUUGUAUUAACUUCCAUAAAAUGUACUUUUUAUGCAGUGUGAAAUCUGGUAUUGCUACAAUUACCUGCUUUUUUCUUAUUUUGUUUUACUUUGCAUAUAUCACAGAUGAUGUCCUUUGCUUUUGCAGCUAUCAAUAUUUUAUUUUGAUAUUAGAGCUGUAAGCAAAUUUACAUUGAUGGUCUCGUUAAAAGAGACAGAAUGUUUCUCAAUAUUUUUCCAUAGAUGAUGUUAUUCCUUUGUUUCAUUGUUGUAACAAGUAUAUUUGGUUAUUGUAGUCUUCCAUGUUGUGGAAUGUUAAUGUAAAUGUGAACAUAUGUGCAAAUAGGAAAUUAUUAUUCACAUGUAAAUGAAAUCUGAUGAUGAAAAUGAAAUAGAAGUAUAAAACUAUU